AUGAGUAGUAAUAACAUCAACAAUAAUAAUAAGAGAAUGAUCAAUAAAUUGGGUGAAGAUGUUGUUACAAGUAUUCGCUCAACACUUUCCAUUGUUAGUUAUGAGCAAGCUCUGGAGGAGAUAGUUUACAAUGCUAUCGAUUCCAAUGCCACUGCUAUAUCGGUCACUAUAAAUACGACGACAUUGGCAUUCGAUGUCAAAGACAACGGUGCAUCGAUUGACUUGGCCGACCUAAAGUUGGUGGGUGAGCGUAACUGUACCUCGAAAUUCACUACACCCCAAGACUUUGAGCAUCUUCAUACCUUUGGAUUCCGUGGUGAAUCUCUAGCUUCUAUUGCUGCCAUCGCUGCACUUGAAUUAAUAUGUACGCCUGACAACAAUAACAACAAUAACAACAAUAACAACAAUAACAAUGACGACAAAACAACAACUGACAACAACAAUAAUGAGAAUGAAGAUCCAGUAAAAUAUUUAAAGAGUUUUGCAAAGUUAAUUAGAUUUGGUCAUACUGAUUAUACAAAAGAAUUGGAUGUACCUAGAGAUUCAGUUGGUACUAUCGUAAAGGUUAGAGAGUUAUUUAGAUUCGUGCCUGUACGUCGACAGAAUAUCAAUCAUUCAUCGCUGAGGUUGUCAGUCAAGAAGAAACUUGAAAACAUAGCAUUGUCACAUCCAAACAUAUCAUUCACUUUGUUUGAUGAAACAAAAGGUCCAAUUUUUGAAACACCAUCUGAUCAUCAAUUCUUAUCAAUAUUCUCAAGUUUCUAUGGUCAAGUUAAAGCAAAUAUAAUGGAGUUUAUUGACUCAACAGAGUUUUCUCAUCAAUCUCACGAUUACCGUUUGAACGGAUAUCUUUGUUUACCAACUAAAAAAGGUCACCCAAAUCAAUCUUUACAAUUGAUUUUUGUAAAUAAUAGAAUAGUUUAUAAUACUAAAUUACAUAGAAUAGUUAAUCAGUUGUAUAAAUCAUUUAGAUUGUUCAAUGAGACAAAGUUGGCAGAGGAGAAUCACACAAAGAUAAGAAAGGAGGUCAUCGAUAUACAUCCAAUGUAUUGUUUGUUUUUGGAAUGUCCAUUCACAUCGUACGAUAGAUCCUAUGAACCAACGUCAAAGACAUUUCUAGAGUUUAAGAAUUGGCAACUACCAACUAACUUAUUCAAAGGUGUACUCACCAGAUUCCUAUCAAAGAACAGAUCAGCAGAGACAGCUAGUUCAAAAUCAUCUUUUUUCAAUAAGAAAGUUGAUUAUCAUCAUAAUAAUAGUAGUAACGAUAAUAGUAAUAAUAGUAAUAAUAAUGAUUUAGCUGGAUUUCAUAGUCAAGAUAGUAAUAACAAUAACAACAAUAAUAAUAAUAAUGAAGUUGAUAAAGAUAACAUUGGUAAUAGUGGAUUUGAAUAUGAUUUAGAUGUUAAUAUGAAUGAUUCUUUUAAUGAUGAUACAAAUACGGUUGUUGAUGAUGAUGAUGAUGGCGGUGACAUAGGGGGAGAUGAAAUGGAAGAAAUACAGCAAUCAGAGUCCGAGAUGGUCGAGCCAGUUUCACCUUCUUUGCUAUCACAGAUUACUACCGAUGAGAUUAAGCCGUUGGAGAGUGACCAAUCCAAAUUCUUUAAGAAUACUAUAUCAGUAAAGAAAGAGCCAAAUUCAAAGCAACAGCAUCACCAACAGCAACAACAACAGACAUCACCAUCAUCUUUAUCAAAUCAAGAUGUCAUUUUCAUUGAUAUAAGUGAUGAUGAUGACAAUGAGAUUGAAACAACCAUUAAAAAUAAUAAUAAUAACAACUAUAAUAAUAAUAAUCAUGAUAAUAAUGAUGAAUUUGAAGAUUCUUCAUCUUCUCAACCUCAGUCUCAACAACAACAAUCCCAAUCAUUAUCUCAGUCUCAACCACCAACACAAUUAUUAUCAUCAGGCCACUUUCAUGUUAAAACAGAGAAGCUUGUGGAUAAUGAUGCUUCACAGUAUUCACAAUAUUCACAAUCCUCGCAAUCUUCACAAUCCUUACAAUCACAACUAUCACAACCAUCACAAACAUCAGAUACACCAGUACUAUCUCAGUUGCCAAGCCAGACUUCACAAUCAUCACCCAAAACCCAGAACUCACAGUACAGUGUACCAAAGAUAAAGUAUGAAAGUACAUGGGAUGCGACUGGACUUCCGAAACAACGAUACGCAGAGGUACAAGAGACCGAAGAUAAAACUGUGGAAACAUCUUACGAUGAGAUUAUAGAUGUUGAAACAUAUGAUAUCAAAUCAAUUACAAAAGUUGUUACAACUACCACUACAACCAAAGUCGUAUCCAAGCCAUUAACACUUACACCACCACCUCCUCCACUCGUUAAAGAGGAGAAACAGUAUCAACAACAACAACAACAAUCUAUAACAACACCUCUUAAUCGUAGCUACUCUUUUGAUUAUGAUGCUUUUGGAUUUGGUGAUGAUGAUGAGAGCAAUGACCAUCCAAUGUCGCCAAUUACCAGACCUUUGUUUUCAUCUGGCUCAACUAUUACAUCACCAUCCAGUUCAUCUGUGUCAUCAACGAGUACCUCUCCAUCACCACAAAAGAAACAACGAUCAAAAUACUUCCAGGAUUCCAACGAUACCAACAAAACACCCACCAUCACAUCACCAUCUAAAAUAACCAAACCAACCGUUGUACAUUCUCAACACUUUGAUAUUGUAAAAACACCUGUUACCAACAACACACCAGUCCUAUCGAAAUUCUUUGUUCAUAAUAAUAUUGCAACCACCAAUGCAACAACCAGUGCAAGUUCGCAACCAAUUCCAUCUACAACAAGUUCAGUCUCACCUGUACAACCAACACAACAACACCAUGCAACUCCAGAUCAACAAUUGAAGCAAACUCUAAUUGUCCAACAUUUAUCACCAAGACAACAGCAACAACAACAACAAGAUGAUGAGGAAAAUGAAAAUCAAGUUGCUCAAGAGGAGCUAAAACAUAAAUCAUCAAAGAAAAUAAGAUUCAAUGCAUUCAAUACAGUGUAUCCUUUUGCUGAAAGUGAUUUGGCAAUCAAGGAUGAAAAUGAUCGAGCAGAGACUGGCCAUACUCGCAACAGGUUGAAUGAAAGUAUAGAUGUAAUCGAUUUGGACUGGGAACCAGACGAAGAGAUGACUACUUACAAAUGUGAACAUAGCCAUGAUAAAGAUAUCAUACUCACACCAAUGGAAGAGUAUGAUGACGAGAGCACAGAGGAAGAGGGUGAACCAUAUUCAAAAGUAGUCACAACAACUACCACUACCACUGUCACUGCUACUUCAACUACAACCACUCCAACUACUCCAACUACACCUCCACCUGUUAUAAACAAUCCUAUUAUCUUAACACCUAAUAGUUUACCAGCAAAUCUAAGACCAUCGAUAAUCAUAGCAAGACAAGAUGAUUAUCCGUCGUCAUCUCCUUCCAAUUCAUCAUCAUCAUCACAAUCCUCAAAUUCAACUACAUCAACAUCAUCACUUUCAUCAAAUUCCACUUCUUCGUCCUCAUCGAAUUUAUUAACUCCACAAUUCCAGUUGUGUCCUGUUGUUGAAUCCGAGGACGGCAGGAGAUUAAGUCCUUAUUUUGAAUCUAAUUUCGCUGGAUCACAGGUUGAUAUGGAACAACAAAAGCAGAUACGUGAAGCCAAACAGAAACAAAAGAUACAAAAUGAAGAACUCCAAAGAAAAAUGGUGCUACAAAACAAGAGUAGUGACCGUGUAACUCGUGAACACAUUGACAAUGUCAGAUUCAUUGCACAACUCGACAAAAAGUACCUGUUAUGCGAGUCGAAUGGAUUGUUCUUUGUGAUGGACCAACAUGCAGUUUCCGAAAGAAUCAAUUUAGAGAACUAUAGUCGUGCCAUUCCCAACUUUGAUGUUGUCCCACUGAACGAACGUUGGUCGCUGACUCCCGACGAGAUGCAUCUCAUGUCAGAGUACAAAGCAGAGAUUGAAAAGUAUGGAUUCAAAUGGCAAGCAAAUAAAUCCACCAUAACACUAGAGUCUGCGCCAAAAGUUUGCUCUCAAACACUGGGCGUUGGUCAGCUGCACGAGUAUCUCUCGAUGAUUGCUGACCGUGAGAUUGGACCGCCACCUUCAUUCCACAGAAUCCGUCAGACACAUGCAUGUGCGCGUGCCAUUAAGUUUGGACAUAACUUGCCGCGUGAGCGAUGUGAAAAUCUCAUGAAAGAGCUUGCCAAGUGUAACGAUCCAUUCCACUGCGCACACGGUAGACCUGCAUCAGUUUCAAUGAUUAACUUUGGAAAACUAUCUAAAAAGCUUGGAGAGCUACAAAUGGAACAACUUAAACCGAAAUCACUGAAAUCAAUCAUUCAAUCAAUGCAAUCUGCAUGA